AUGGUGAAAAAGCUCGGUCGGUGGCUCCCACAUGCAUUGAGCGACGGCAACCGCCAAAGUCGCCUGGACAUCUACACUCAGCUGCUCUCCAGAAGCCGCGGAUUCGACCGGCGGGACGUCAUUGUCACUGGAGAUGAAGAAUGGGUCCUCUACGUCAACCACACCCACAAACAUGCGUGGUGCUCUGGCGAUGAAAUGCCGGAUCCUUUCGUGAAAGGUGAAAUCCAUGAGAAGAAGGUCAUGCUGAACGUCAGGUGGGGAGUUCAUGGAAUUUACCGUUUCGAACUGCUGCCGGACAACACGACAAUAGUUACUGCCGAGGUCUACUGCGCUCAACUGCAAAGACUGGCCGACAAGAUCCGCAAGGAGCUCCCGAAGCUCGACAACGUUCGCCUGCUGCACGAUAACGUGCACCCUCACAUCGCGAAGAAGACUUCCCAGAAAAUUCUGGAGCUCGGAUGGGAAAUUCUACCGCACCCACCGUACAGCCCGGACCUGGCUCCGAACGACUACCACCUCUUCCGAUCGCUUCAGCAUCACCUGGAAGAGAAGAGCUACGAUGAUCGUGACCACCUCGAAAAUGACCUUCCGGCUCCAAGUCGCCGGAGUUCUUCGCCAAAGGAAUCCGUGAUCUUGUGA